AUGGCCCCGCUCAGCCUGUCCCAGCUGCUGGACGUCGCCAUCGGGACACCCGAGGUCGGGGCCGUCAACUUCACAGCGCUGCACAGCCUGCUGCAGGCCAUGCUCGGCCACCUGGGCCUGCAGGACCUACCUGCCCAGGAGCGGGGGCACAGCCUGACCCCCCUCCCGGGGGGGGACCGGCCUGCCAAGGCACACCCCGCGCUGGAGAAGAAGGGGGACAGGGCGGAGGCCCAGGCCCAGGGUACGGGGCAGCAGCCCUGGGAGCCGGGGGAGCGGUUGCCCGGGGAGGACUCACUGCAGGGGACCGCGAGCAGCCCCCAGGUCACCCCCAUCGCUGCCGACGUGGGGCAGAUGAAGAAGAAGAUCGAAGCAAAUGAAAGCGGCAUCUCCAAGGCCAUGGCUCUCUCCCAGGACCUCCUCGAGGAGAUCGGUGGGAUGAAGGCAGUGCAGUCCCGCAUGGGAGAGGACAUCCGGAUGAUCCAGGAGACCCUUGGCUUGGGGAACCUCCAGGACACUGCCGGCCAGCUGCCGGGCCUCCACGACCAGCCAACGUUGGACAGUGACGUGAAAAGGCUGAAGGAAAGGCUGAGCCUCUACCCGGCCCCGGAGGAGGUGAGCAACAUGGUGCGCUGGGAGGUGCUGGAGGAUUGCCUGGUGGGCAGCAAAGGAGGAGGAGGAGGAGGAGGAGGAGGAGGAGGCCGAGGUCUGCUGGUGGAUGGCAGUGGGGGCCGCUCUGCCCCCACCGAGCCCCCCGCUUUGGACGUGGACACCCCACGUGAGGCAAGCUCCGCGCUGGGGCUGAAAGGACCAGGGACACAGCCUGCACCCAAGACCAGCAAAGGGACCGGCAAGGGGACUCCAGGGACACAGCCUGGCUCCCUGGGGACGCAAGCAGCGAUGCAGAGAGCACCAGUGACACCUGAGAAGUGGUCGGGUGCUCCCUCAGAUCGGAGGAGGACUUCUGAUGCCAGCGCCACCACCCCGGGGAUGCAGCCAGGGUCCCCCGCCAUCAAGACCACCACCUUGGGGACACAGCCAGCAUCCCCUAGCACCAAGACCACCACCCCAGAGAUGCAGCCAGGGACCCCCAGCACCCAGACCACUAUCCCAGGGAUGCAGCCAGGGUCCCCUGGGACCCAGACCACCAUCCCGGGGAUGCAGCCACACACCCCCAGCACCCAGACCACUAUCCCAGGGACGCAGCCAGCACCUACAGGGACCCAAGGAGGAGGAGCAGGGCUUCAGCCAAACCCUCCCCACAUGGAGCCCAGCCUUCCUGGCACUGAGAAAGUCCCCGCUGAAGCCACCCCCAGUGCUCUGGGGACACAUAUGGAUGCCACAAGCCCCAAGGAGGGAGGCAAGGCUUUGUCCAGCACACAGCUUGCCCGGGCAGGCCACCCAGCAGUGGGGACCCUCUCGCCGAGAGCCCAGGCGUUCGAGAUCCCUCUUGAUGCUGAUCCCAGGCCCACGUCCCCUUCACAAGAGCCGGCGGUGCCCUGGGGGUCCCUGGGCUCCAGCAGCGCCUCUGACCGCUAUGUGGAGACGGUGGAGGCUCUCCGCCAGAUCGGACAGCUCGGCCACCUCUACGCCACCCUGAAGGAGCAGGUGGCCCAGCUGGAAGCCACCAAGUUGGACCACGCUGAGCUUGAGAAGCUGCGCCUGCUCUUACUGGAGGGAGACCACAUCGCUCUAGACCAGGAGAGCGCCAGCAUCCUGGCCGACCUCCGGGGCCGGGUGUCCUCCCUGCAGGGCUUGGCCAGUGACCUGCAGGACGACAAAGAGAAGAUCAGGCAGCUGGAGGAUGCCCUUGGAAAGCUGGAGGUGGCUGGAGCCGACUGGAAAGCGGAUGGCAGUGACCAGAUCACCCUGCAACUGGGGUCCACGCUGCAGGAGAUAAAGCGGGAACUGAAGGAGCUGGGAGAGCAGCAGGAGAUGACCAAGGCCACACUGGAGCAGUUGGUGACCAAGACGGCUGACCAGCUACAGGAGCAGCUGGAUGAGCUGAGGGCGAUGAUGGAGAGCGCGGGGCAGGAGCAGGCAGAGGCGCAGGCAGCAUGCCCCAUCUGCAGCACGGACACUGGCACGCAGGUGGGGCAGCUCCUCCAGCGCUACGAGAAGCUCCAGGAGCUGGUGGACUCCUUCAUGUCACAGCAGGUGGUGGGCAAAGUGGUGAGGCAGCUGCCGGCGAGGAGCCAGCAGGAUGAGGAGCUGCUGAAGCGCAUCCAGGCCACCAUCGUGCAGGUGCAAGGGGACUACGAGAAGCUCAGCUCCGUCACUGGGAACCUCCUGGAUGACCGUCACCAGAAGCAGAAAGAUAUCGAGUCCCUGGAGAGGUUGGAGAAGGAGAAAGCAGACAAGGAGGACCUGGUGCUGGGAAUCGAUGUGAAAGCAGACAAAACCGCCCUGGCUGGCAAAGUCAGUCGUGCCCAGUUUGACGCAAGCAUGGAGCGGCUGAAUGAGAUGAUCCAGGAGAUGCUGAGCCGGGUGACAGGCCAGGAGCAGGGCUGGCACCAGGUCCGGCGACAGCUCAGUGAAGAGAUGGACUCCAAGCUGGACCGCCUGGAGCUGGGGCCUUUCCGGCAGCAGCUGGAGGAGCACUGGAAGAGCAUCGUGGAGCAGCUCAAGGAGAAGGCGCCGCCAACGGAGGCUGACGAUGCGGCUGGGAUUAAGAAGCAGCUGCUGGCCCAUUUCCACUGCGUGUCCUGCGACCGGCCCCUCGGCAUGCUGGUGCCUGGCCCGCACAUCGUGGCCAUCCCAUCCAUGCCGCCGCUGCCCCUCCGCCUCGCCGGGCGCCCUCAUACCUUCCUUGAGCUGGAGCAAAGACAGCAGCAUGGCCACAGGGAGCGGGCGGCCGAGUGCGGGUACCCCAGCGUGCCGCGGCGCUGUGGGGGCCGGCAUACCCUCGCCCACCCGCUGCAGCGCUGCCCGCGCCUCCAGCCCCUCCCGCCCGGCACCCCGCGGCUGCUCCAGCCCCCCACCCUGCUCCCCAUCAAGCACGACGAGAUGGAGCUGUUGGGCCAGGACGGCCACAUCUACAGGGGCCGGCGGGACGGGCAGCUGCCUGUGCUCGUGGGCAAGGAGGGCUUCCCGAGGGCCAAGCCCAAGCUGUCCCCAAGGCAGUGGGACGCCCGAGACACCAGCUGCCUUCUCUCGCGGCCCCAGAGCGCCGGGUCCUCGCUCAGCCAGCCGGGCACCGCCGCCUCGCUGGAGCACAGGCCAGCUUCAUCCAACGGCCACCUCUCCCGGGCACCGGGGCUCAUCCCGCCCCUGCGGCCCCCACGGGAUGGAUCCAGCACUCCGACAGCCAGGCAGGACUGGGGGUCCCCGGCUGAACCCCCACCACGCCAGCCACCGAGCAGGCGAGCAAGUGGCUCCGGCCAGCAGCAAUAA